AUGUCCGACAAGGCCGUCGAACCUGAGAUCGAAAAUGCGACCGACGCGCAUAGUAAACCGAUAUCCCGCUUCACGCGAUGGUACCGGAGUCCAUUGUUCAAUGUCAUCGUGGUCGGCAUGAUUUCCUUCACCCAGCCUGGAAUUUGGAAUGCGCUUAACAAUGUCGGUGCAGGAGGCCAACAAGAGCCCUAUCUUGUCAACGGCGCAAAUUCCCUCACAUUUGGCAUCAUGGUCUUCGGCUGCUCGAUCUUCGCCAUUCUCGCCAACAAGAUUGGUCUCAAAACCGUCCUCAUCCUAGGUACUCUGGGAUAUGCACCAUAUAGUGCAUCCCUGUAUGUUAACAAUCGAUAUGGCACGGAAUGGUUCGUUCUCCUCGGUGGCGCAACUUGUGGUCUUGCAGCCUCUGCACUCUGGGCAUCCGAAGGAGCCAUCGCCCUGGGUUACGCAGACGUGCAUAACCGUGGGAAAUUCACUGGAAUCUGGCUCGGAUUGCGAGAGCUUGGUCAACUCAUUGGUUCAUCUAUCCAACUUUCGCUCAACUACAAGAGUGGCGAGAGAGGCAAGGUGGGAUAUACAACCUAUAUUGUACUCAUCGCAUUGCAGUGCCUCGGCCUUCCGCUCGCACUUUUGGUAUCGCCACCCCACAAGGUCAUUCAUCGCGAUGGCCGCAAAGUUCCGGAUCCCACAAAAAAUAAAGCAGUGAUGAAAGAAGCGAAGCGCUGGUUUGCACUGCUCAAGGACAAGCGCUUUUUCCUGCUCAUUCCGGUAAUGAUUGGUUUCAACUGGAAUAACACAUACCAAGGAAUUUACCUCACGCGCUAUUUUUCUGUUCGCGCGCGGACACUUGGAUCUUUGUCGUCUGGCAUUGCAGCUACAGCAGCGAACAUCUUCUGGGGUUGGUUCUACGACACGAAGUUUUUCAGUCGGCCUACACUGGCCAAGUUCACAUGGACCAUUUUCUCAGUGCUCAUGUUGGCACUUUUCGGCUGGCAAGUCGCAAACGAGAAACUGUAUGCUGAGGCAGUGCCGAAAGUUACUCUGGAUUGGGACUUGCCAGGUUUUGGUCGCGGUUUUGCUGUCAACGUGAUGUUCCGAUUUAUGAAUGAAAGCCACUACAUGUUCGUCUACUGGAUCCUCGGCGCUUUCUUUGACGACAUCGAGACUUUGACAUUGGCUGUUGGUUUGCUGCGCUCUUUCGAGUCUGUAGGUUCCUGCCUGGCUUUUGGCAUUGGAGCCGCGAAGAUCAAGCCAAUGAUCAACCUGAUUAUCGCUUUUGUUAUGUUUGCCAUCACGAUACCAUCAACAUUUGCGGCAACAUUUCUUGUUCCAGAACGCCCAGUCGAUGAACGCACAAGAAUUGAGCAAGAGUCAGUGCCGGAGGACAGCCGAAAGAGUGUCGAAAAUGCCGUUGGUGACGCGCUGAGAAGAGAUAAUUUCGUGAUCGUUGGAGGCGGGGCAAGUGGUCUUACUGUUGCGGACCGGCUCACUGAAGACCCAUCGAAGACUGUGCUGGUGCUCGAAUAUGGGCCAUUUGACACACACGAACCAUCUGUUCUCGUACCAGGCUUGCUUAACCUCACAUCGACUCCUUACUGGUUCAACCUGACAUCAACGGCACAGCCACAUCUCAACAAUCGCACAUUCCAAGUCACUAUCGCUGCAGCCGUUGGUGGCGGUACCGUUAUCAAUGGCAUGUUCUUCCACCGCGGCGCAGAAGCUGAUUACGAUGCGUGGGAAGAGCUCGGCGCCCGAGGCUGGGGCUGGUCAGAUUUGCUACCGUACUUCAAAAGAAGCGAGACGUUCACCCCGCCCAAUGCAUCAUUUGCACGCGAAUGGGGCAUCGAGUGGGAAGAGCACUUACGCGGCACCCAAGGCCCGCUUCAGAUUAGCUAUCCACCCUACCAGUUCCCCAUCAUCAAAGAUUUUUUCCGAGCAUUUCACUCAUUGGGCAUCACGACACCGCGCGACUCUAGUGAUGGAAGAGCCAAUGGCCAUGGCAUAGAGUGCAUUUCUGAUGUGCCAGGUGUUGGUCACAACUUUCAAGACCAUCCGACGAUGUUCUUCAUCAACACUUUUGAGGAUGACAUCGAUCCAAGUAUCGAUGACCUGACCUCCAACCAGACUUUCAUAUCUGAACAAUUAGCUCUCUAUGAGCACUCCAGAGAAGGCGCCUACACCAUAGUUAACAAUGGCGGCAAUACUGCUGCCUUCGUCGCUCUCCCACAAAUGGUCGCAUCUGCUACGCUCUCCAAGCUCCUGAAUUACACCACUUCACGUAUGGACACAACACUUCCGUAUUCGAUCCAAUCCCUAUACACGCAUCAACAUACUAUCCAGAUGCGUCAACUUGCCACGAACAAUACCUCUGUACAAGAGACUGCUUUCAACAAAGGCUUCCUGCCCAUCACGCUGCUGCUACACGCACUCUCGAGGGGCCGCAUCUCUCUCAACGCAAUUAGGCCACUCUCCGCGCCUCUUGUUGACUACAGCACGCUAUCACAUCCACUGGAUUCGGAAAUCUUCGUGCAGAUGCUGCGUUUCAAUCGUCGCUUGCUGCAAAUGCCCAGUCUCGCUGCACUACAACCGAGGGAGCUGGUGCCCGGUGCCAAUGGCUGGUGCAACCCACAUUCCAGCAUCCUUGUUGUACUGCUGCUAUGGGAAAGAGAGCUCAUGGGGGAGUUGUAG